GUGUAGGCUUGAGCUAUUAUUUGGGCCGACGCAUUUCGGGAAAUUCGUGUGCUUGCCAUCGCCAAGUACGGUGCGGAGCUGCGAGUUCGGAAAUGGCGAAAUCUAGUGCGGAUGACGGCGAACUGAGGCGAGCUUGCGAGGCUGCCAUCGAAGGCACCAAGCAGAGGGUCGUGAUGUCGAUCCGUGUGGCAAAGAGCCGAGGGAUCUGGGGCAAAUCUGGCAUGUUAGGACGUCAACAAAUGGCAAAACCUAGGGUUCUUGCUCUUUCCACAAAAGCAAAAGGUCCGCGAACCAAAGCUUUUUUACGUGUCUUAAAAUAUUCCACAGGUGGUGUUCUAGAGCCUGCAAAGUUAUACAAACUAAAGCAUCUUUCAAAGGUGGAGGUUGUAACAAAUGAUCCCAGUGGAUGCACAUUUACACUGGGAUUUGAUAACCUAAGAAGUCAAAGUGUUGCCCCACCCCAGUGGACCAUGCGUAAUAUUGAUGACCGGAACCGGCUUCUGCUUUGCAUCUUGAACAUAUGCAAAGAUGUAUUAGAACGACUCCCAAAAGUUGUUGGUAUAGAUGUCGUGGAGAUGGCUCUUUGGGCAAAGGAAAAUACGCCUGCAGUUCCUACACAGAGGAGCCUGCAAGAUGGUCCUGCUAUGGCUUCAGUGACAGUAAGCGACCUAAAAGUUACAGUAGAGAAGGAACUUGUUUCUCAAGCUGAGGAAGAGGACAUGGAGGCACUUUUGGGCACUUAUGUGAUGGGCAUUGGUGAAGCUGAGGCCUUUUCUGAAAGGUUGAAGCGAGAGCUACUUGCUUUGGAGGCAGCAAAUGUUCAUGCUAUUUUGGAAAGCGAGCCUUUGAUCGAUGAAGUGCUACAAGGGCUUGAGGCAGCAACAAAUUGUGUUGAUGACAUGGAUGAAUGGUUGGGAAUCUUCAACGUAAAACUUAGGCACAUGAGGGAGGACAUUGAAUCGAUAGAAACCCGAAAUAACAAGUUGGAGAUGCAAUCCGUGAAUAAUAAAGCACUCAUAGAGGAGCUGGAUAAACUCCUUGAACGAUUACGAGUCCCUUCUGAGUAUGCAGCAUGUUUGACUGGGGGUUCAUUUGACGAGGCACGCAUUAUUCAAAAUGUAGAAGCGUGUGAGUGGUUAACUGGUGCUUUGCGUGGCCUUGAAGGACCCAAUAUCGAUCCUAUAUAUGCAAACAUGCGAUCUGUAAGAGAGAAGCGUGCUGAGCUUGAGAAGCUAAAAUGUACCUUUGUUAGAAGAGCUUCUGAGUUCCUAAGAAACUACUUUGCUAGUCUGGUGGAUUUUAUGAUAAGUGACAAGAGUUACUUUUCUCAGAGAGGACAGCUGAAGAGGCCCGAUCAUGCUGACUUGCGGUACAAAUGUAGGACCUACGCUCGUCUUUUGCAACAUUUAAAGAGUCUUGAUAAGAAUUGCUUGGGUCCGUUGAGAAAAGCCUAUUGCAGCUCCCUUAACUUGCUUCUUCGCAGGGAGGCUCGUGAAUUUGCUAAUGAGCUUCGUGCUAGCACCAAAGCUUCAAGAAAUCCAACUGUCUGGCUUGAAGCUUCCUCUGGGUCUGGUCAGAAUGUAAAUGCAGCCGACACCUCUACUGUCUCGGAGGCUUAUGGGAAGAUGUUAACUAUUUUUAUCCCUCUUCUUGUAGACGAGAGUUCAUUUUUUGCUCACUUCAUGUGCUUUGAAGUUCCUACACUUGUGCCACCUGGUGGUGUUAAUGGUGGUAAAGCAGGAUAUGAUGAUGACGAUGAUGAUUUGGGAAUUAUGGAUAUUGAUGAGAACGACAGCAAAUCUGGGAAAAAUUCUGUGGAGCUUGCAGCAUUAAACGAAUCACUUCAAGACUUGCUUGAUGGAAUUCAGGAGGAUUUUUAUGCUGUUGUGGACUGGGCAUACAAGAUUGAUCCAUUGCGCUGCAUAUCAAUGCAUGGUAUCACAGAGCGUUAUCUUUCAGGACAGAAAGCUGAUGCCGCCGGCUUUGUCCGUCUUUUACUUGGUGACUUGGAGUCGAGAAUUUCCAUGCAGUUUAACCGCUUUGUUGAUGAAGCUUGUCACCAGAUAGAAAGGAAUGAGAGAAAUGUUAGGCAGAUGGGGGUACUAUCUUAUAUUCCAAGGUUUGCAACUCUUGCUACUCGAAUGGAGCAGUACAUCCAGGGACAAUCUAGGGAUUUAGUUGAUCAAGCAUAUACAAAAUUUGUCAGUAUCAUGUUUGUGACUUUAGAGAAAAUUGCACAAACAGAUCCAAAAUAUUCCGAGAUUUUUCUUUUAGAAAAUUAUGCAGCUUUCCAGAAUAGUCUCUAUGAUCUAGCCAACGUUGUGCCCACCCUAGCAAAGUUCUAUCACCAGGCAAGUGAAGCUUAUGAGCAGGCUUGCACACGACAUAUAAGUAUGAUUAUAUACUAUCAAUUUGAACGGUUAUUCCAAUUUGCUCGAAGAAUAGAAGACUUGCUUUACACUAUCCCACCAGAAGAGGUUCCCUUCCAGCUUGGAUUGUCCAAAAUGGAUCUUCGGAAAAUGUUAAAAUCGAGUUUGUCUGGAGUUGACAAAUCGAUUACUGCAAUGUAUAAGAAGUUGCAGAAGAACCUCACCUCAGAGGAACUACUUCCUUCUUUAUGGGACAAGUGCAAGAAGGAAUUUCUGGACAAGUACGAUAGUUUUGCCCAACUUGUUGCUAAAAUUUACCCUCAGGAGACGUUUUUUUCAGUAGUGGAAAUGAGAGAUCUUCUAGCUUCCAUGUAAUUAAAAUGAAACACGAUGGGAUCCUGUCGUGUACAUCUUUUUGGCUUUCAUUUUUUCGAUAUAAAUUUUAAGAGGUCAGUCAUUCUUUGUUCCAUUCAAUAAUUUCAUUCAACGACUCCAGAGAUAAUUUGUGUAGAAAGUCAUUCUCUGAUACGAAUUAGGCAUGUAUUUAUUGUAUAAGAGCUCUCGGGUCGCUGCUGUGGCCUCUCCUGUUGUGUUGACUACCAAGCCUACUGAGUUAAUUUACAUUCAAGA